AUGGCUGCGAUCGCAGCAGCCUCUGUCGCGGCCACCGCGGCGGGCCUCGCAUAUCUCGAUGGCAAGUAUCACAUACGGCAGGAUUGGACAGCCAUCCGCGCCAGGAAUAAGGGCAGUAAGCUCUUCCAGAAAGCCAUAAAAGAAAAGCGCGUAUCCCCCUACUACUUCUUUGAGAAGCACGCGAAGGCGCAGCCCAACGCAGAAUGCAUCUGGUCGCGGUCGGGAUCCUACCGCUGGGCUGAGGCCUACUGCCGCGCGAACCAGUACGCCCAGUUCUUCCUCUCCAACGGCGUCCAGCCUGGCGACCUCGUCGCCCUCUUUAUGGCCAACAGCCCGGACUUUGUGCUGGCGUGGAUGGGCCUGUGGUCCAUCGGCGCCGCCCCAGCCCUCAUCAACCACAACCUCACGCGCCAGGCCCUGCUGCACUGUCUCGGCAUCGCCGACGCCAAGCUCAUCCUCGCCGACGGGCCGCCGCAGCUGAUGGAGCGUCUGGACGCCGUGCGCGACGACCUGACCGCACAGGGCGUGCGCACUGUGAAGCUCGAGGACGCGCGGGCCGUCCUGAAUAGCACGCGUGGCGAGCGCCCCCCUGAUAACCUGCGGGAAAACGUGAUGCCCAACUCGCCCUUCGGCCUUUUCUACACCAGUGGGACGACGGGUCUCCCAAAGGCCGUCACCGUCCCCGCCGCGGCGGGUUUCAUGCACGGUUGCAGUAAGGACUGCGGGUUCGCGUACGUGGGUGGGGACGACGAGCGGUACUACGACUGCAUGCCCCUAUACCACGGCACGGGCGGCAUCAGCGGCAUGACACAGCUGUUGACGGGGCAGACGCUGUGCGUGGCCCCCAAGUUCAGCGUGUCGAGCUUCUGGGACGACGUACGCGAGAGCCGCGCCACUUGGUUCGCGUACGUCGGCGAGACGUUGCGGUACCUGCUGGCGGCGCCGCCCUCGCCCCGAGACAGGGAUCACGCCGUGCGCGGCAUCUACGGCAACGGGCUGCGGCCUGACGUGUGGAAGGCGUUCCGCGACCGCUUCGGUAUCGACACGAUCCACGAGUUCUUCAACUCGACCGAGGGCAUCAUGCCGCUCGACAACCCGGCGCGCGGCGACUUCCGCGCCCACUCGGUCGGCCACCACGGCCUGCUGAUGCGGCGGCGCUUCCAGGAUGUCUUUGUCCCCGUCGAGAUCGACGUCGACACGGGGGACCUGGCGCGGGACCCCCGCACGGGGCUGGCGCUCCGCGUACCCUACGAGGUCGGCGGCGAGAUCCUGGUCCGACAGCCGACGACCAUCACGCCCGCGUUCCCGGGCUACUACAAGAACAAAGAGGCUACGGAUCAGAAGUACGUGCGCGACGUGUUCGCCAAGGGCGACCUGUACUACCGCACGGGUGACGCGCUGCGCCGCGACAGCGACGGCCGCUGGUUCUUCAUGGACCGCCUGGGCGACACCUACCGGUGGAAGGGCGAGAACGUGUCGACGGCCGAGGUGUCCGAGGUCCUGGGCCAGUACCCCGGCGUGGGCGAGGCCACCGUGUACGGCGUCUCGCUGCCGGGACACGAUGGCAAGGCGGGUAUGGCCGCCAUCUAUGUCGAUUCUGCUAUCAAGACUUUUGAUUACACCGGGUUACUAAAACACGCCCGCACCCACCUCCCCAGUUACGCCGUGCCCCUAUUCCUGCGGCAGAUCCGCGAGCGGUCCGCCACGCACAACAACAAGCAGGACAAGGUGCCCCUCAAGGCGGCCGGCGUCGACCCCGCGCGGACCAAGGGCGACCCGCUGGUCUGGGUCAGCGACAUGGGCAAGGGGGACGCGUACGUGCCGUUCACGGCGGCCGACUGGGAUGCGCUGAAUGCGGGCCGGGCGAAGUUGUAA